CAUAGCUCGGCUAGUACUGCCUGUACAUGGUGUUGCUGUAGAGCAGGAUGGCGGCGCAGCCUCCUCCUCCUAAACCUUGGGAAACUCGGCGGGUACUCGGUGGCCUGCCGACCACGUCUUUUCAGUCUGCUGAGCUUAGAGCCAACACUCUGACUAGAUUAGGACAACCUACUCUUAGUAGAGUUGCUCCUCCUGUCCUACCCAGACAAUCGCAACAGACUUUUAGCAAUGGGAUUAGCCCCUACAGACCUUCAUACAGCUCAUUUUCACCUGGCUUUGGCUCCUAUGGCAGUUCCUUAUAUGGAAAUUACAGUCCACAUAGCUAUGGUUAUGGAGGUGGUUAUGGAGGUUCUUAUGGAGGGUAUAACCGCUUCCAGAUGGAUGAUGUUCCUCCUAGCAGGUUUGUCCGUCAAGCUGAGGAAAGCAGCCGGGGUGCUUUCCAGUCAAUUGAAAGCAUUGUUCAUGCCUUUGCUUCAGUCAGUAUGAUGAUGGACGCUACCUUUUCAGCCGUGUAUAACAGCUUUAGGGCUGUUCUUGAUGUGGCCAACCACUUUUCCAGACUGAAGGUUCAUUUCACAAAUGUAUUUUCAGCUUUUGCACUUGUCAGAACAAUUAGAUUUCUUUACAGGCGUUUGCUACAACUCCUGGGUCUUCGCAAGAACUCUGAAAAUGAGGACCUGUGGAAUGAGAGUGCAGGAACUGUGGCUCGCACUGGCACCAAGCGUGACUCCACCACCUCUGCAAAGUCGUGGCCUAUCUUCUUGUUCUUUGCUGUAAUUCUUGGUGGCCCUUACCUCAUUUGGAAACUUCUAUCUUCGGCCAGUGCAGAAGUUAAUGAAAACAUAAACUGGGCAAAUGGAGAAGAUGACCAUGUUGUGGGCAGAGCUGAAUAUGACUUUACUGCUUCUUCUGACGAAGAAAUCUCCUUUCAUGCUGGAGAUCUGCUUAAUCUGGCUCCUAAAGAACAACAACCCAGUGUCCGGGGAUGGUUGCUUGGAAGCCUGGAUGGACAAACAACAGGAUUAGUGCCAUCUAACUAUAUAAAAAUCCUUGGAAAACGCAAGGGUAGGAAAAUAGCAGAUUUGGAGAAAAAGCCAGAACCACAGAAUCUUCCUGGUACUUCCUCUGCACAAGGAGCUACAGUUCUUGCCACCUUAGAGGAGCAAGAAGCUGCAAUGGAUUCUGUUUUUGUAGAAUCUAAUAAAUCCGCAUGCAAUGUUAAGUCAGGUUCUAUCCAGGGAGAACCAUUUGAUCUCUAAUGUAUCCCAUUUCUUAAAGGUGGAAGACAAAUGUGUCUCAGGGCCCUCAGCAGCAAAGUGAUUUGGGUGAUAAAUAUGCAUAAAUGUCUACAACAGCACAUUGACUCUCAAAGGUCUAAGCCAUCUUAGCAACAUAUAUUGCUGAUUUGAAUUAACACAUUUUAAUAAUUCAAGUAAGAUUCACUUUAUCUAUUUACCUGUUUUGUGCUUCAAACUAGUUCCUAAUAAAUAUAAAAAAAAAUCAUUGGUAAAAAUUAAACAA